CCCGGACUGAAAAGGUGAUGGGAGAGUUUGGGCRUCUGUACGAGCAGCAGUUUGCCGUGGCUCUCUUUAACAAAGUUCGCUUCGACAUAGAGGGAGGAGGUGGUCCGCAAUCACAACUGUUACACCGCAAGAUUCCUUUGGAGAACAAGUCCAUCUUUUCUGGAUCCCUCUUUCAGAACAUUGAGGAAAACAAGAAAUGGAAGAACCGCUACUUUUUUGUCCCUGACUCUUACAACAUCAACUAUUACGACAACAAAUCAUCCUUUGAGAAACGCCUCCACCCUAAAGGAACCAUUAACUGUGCUGGAUACAAAGUGCUGACUUCAAUAGAACAGUACCUUGAUCUAAUUAGUAACAGCCUGCCUGAUGUAAAAGCCAAGGUUGGAAGUUCACCAUUCCUAAAAUUUCCAUACCAGUUCCCCCUGAUUCUGUGGCAUCCUUACGCCCGUCACUACUACUUCUGUGUGGCGACUGAGAAAGAACAGCAGAAGUGGCAUGCUGUCCUCCAGGACUGUGUCAGACAUUCCAAUGAUGGUUUAUGUGAGGAGCAUAAAGUCCAAACCCCAGCCUUUACUGAUGCAGUCCGACUGUACCGACAAGCUCAUGGGCACUACGGCACCUGGGACAUGAUGUGUGGGGUUCCAUCACAGAUUCUGUCGAACCUGGUGAUGGAGGGCCUCCUUCCUGAACUGAGAGAACUCAUCUCCCCCCGCCUCAAAGGCAAACUGCAUGAGAGGCAGAGGACCUGGAUGCUGAUCAGUGAUGUGGUGUACAGCCUGGUGCAGACCCAAUGCCAGGCUCAGUAUGAGGCCAUGCUGCACACGUGUGAAGCAACGCGCUCCUCACUAGAARCCUCCAUCCGAACGGACAUGGACCAGAUCAUCACGUCCAAGGAGCACGUCUCCAACAAGAUCAAAGCCAUGGUUCUCCCGAAGGCGGAGAAGUUGCUCAAGGUGAGCAUCCAGCCAUACAUCAGCUCUAUCCUGGACGCUCUGAUGGAGCCAACCAGCAGAGGGUUUUCUGAGGUUCGUGAUGUCUUCUUCAAGGAGUUGGUGGAAAUGAGCAAGAACUCCCUCAACAAUGGGACCAAAGACACUGUGGCCCAGCACAUGGAGAAGAUMUCCAUGCUGGCCUUCCAUCCGGUGAAGAUGCAGAGCUGUUAUGAGAAGGUAGAACUGCUGAGUCUGGAGGGUCUGCAGCAGAGGUUUGACGUCUCUAGCCCCUCAGUGUUCAUCCAAAGAGCCCAGAUCCUCAUGAGAAAGCAAAUGGAUGAUGCAGUGUAUACAUUUGAACAGAUCCUUCAUCAGAGUCUGGAGUCUCAGGAUACCGAGGAUCUCUGCAAGACUAUCCAGCGCUGCCAGGACCGAGUCAUUAAGAAGUUCGACUAUGACAGCAGCACGGUGAGGAAGCGUUUCUUCAGGGAGGCUCUGCUCCAGAUCUUCAUCCCCUACAUGCUGAAGCAGCUGGGCCCGUCCUGCUCCUCGGAGCUGCCACGCUUCCAGGAGCUGAUUUUUGAAGACUUUUCCCGCUUUCUCCUGGUGGAGAACAUGUUUGAGGAGGUGGUUCUGCACUCAGUCAUGAAGGAYAUCAUGAUGGCUGUGAAGGAGGCAGCAGUCCAGAGGAGACACAACCUGUACAGGGACAGCAUUGUCCUCAGCAACAGCGACCCCAGCCUCCACCUGCUGGGGGAAAACCCGUCCAUUGACUGGGCCGAGACGUACGGAGCGGCCCAGGGGGAGGCAGGAGAACCGGGAGAGGAGGCUGAUGCCAACAGUGCAGAGUCAAAGAGGAGACGGAUGAAGCAGGUGGUGUCCAUGAUCCAGGAGGAGGGCUCCGCCUUUCUCCCUGGUGAGUCGUGCUUAGAGGUGCCCAGCGUGGCCGUCAUCAUGGAGGAGAACGCUGAGGAGUCCUCCUCUGCUGAGCCCAAACUGUCCAGCGGGUCCACCCUGAAGGAGGGAGCAGGCAACGCAGAGCUGCAGACUCAGGUCGUCUCAAAGCUUCAUGUAGCUGCAGGAGGAGAGGAGCAGGGAGAAAACAAUCAGCCAGUGGUGGUGAAGGAGGAGGUCUUACAGGAGUCUGUCCCAUUAGCACCUCCUCUUAAUGAAGCUGCUGAAACAACUCCUGGUCCUGUCCUGAAGGAGCCAUGUGAGGACGCCCCGCUGGAACCUGAAUCCAGCACAGAGUCUGCCAUGGACCAGAAGGAGCAAGUUGGCCAGCCAGUGGGAAAGGAGGAAUCAGAGGAGGUGGAGCCACCCCACAACAAGGAGGAGUCAGAGGAGGUGGAACCACCCCACAACAAGGAGGAGUCAGAGGAGGUGGAACCACCCCACAACAAGGAGGAGUCAGAGGAGUCAGCUCCAACACUUCUAACUGAAGAUUUACCAUCUGCAGCCGCUCCAGAAAACCCCCCAGAGCCAGCAGCUGACUCCGCCCCACCUCCACACGAUGAUAGCGGCUUCCAGUCUCCGACCAACGAGGAGGUGAAGGAAGAGGAGGCGUCCUCUUACAGACCUCAGCCACAGACCUCGGAGGAGCCCUCUGUGAAGGAGGAGACAGGCGUGGUGGCAAACGGACAGCCUGAGGAUUGGAGCAGAGAGCAGUGAUGAAUCUGUUUUAACCAUAAAGGACACUUGAUGUCAUUUUAACCAUUUCCUGUUUCAGUUUUCACAGCAGGGGGUCGUUUUCAGACCCUCACAUGAGCCUAGAGGUCCCCUAAAUAUUUUCUUUCCACUUAGAAUACGAGCACAAUGGGGUCCAACUGGUGGGUUAGAAACACGGAUCAGGACUUUUGAUUGUGCCACUGGUGAAAUUAUUGUUGAUUUAGUUUGUUUCAUCAAGCUUUCUACAGCAGUCAGCUUUUUUUUUUUACUUUAUAGGGUUGUUGGAAACUCAGGUUAUUGAGCUGCUCUGACCAAGUGUGAAAGCAUAAAAACAGGUCCAGAUUAUUAUUAUUAGUAUUAUUUUCUGCUUGAUGCUGGCCUCUGUGAGCUACAUGACUUAUAAAAUGUCUGAAGUGAUAAAUGAAUUGUCUCACUCAACAUAUUUCACUUUUAUAGCCUUUCUAAGAACAACACUAUUUUAUGAAUCAGAAAGAUCAACAAACCACCAAACUGUCAUUUUACAUGCUUUUUAAACCAUUUCAUGAACGUGUUUACUGAUUAUUUUUUUCACAUUAUUUAUUGUGCAUCCCAUUAUUAUUUUGUCUUUUUUUAGAAUUAUUUUUCUCUUGUUACAAAUCAAACCUAUUGAUAAUAAAUCAUUAUUCAAAAACACUGA